UGCGCGGGCCUCCGCACCGGAAGUCGCGCGGGUCGGGCAUGGCGGCGGCGGCCGAGGGCGUCCCGGCGGGGCUGCGGGACGAGCCCACCCGAGACGAUGCUGCGGUGGAGACGGCCGAGGAAGCCACGGAGCCCGCAGAGGCCGACAUCACAGAGCUCUGCCGGGACAUGUUCUCCAAAAUGGCAACGUACCUAACCGGGGAACUCACAGCUACCAGUGAAGACUAUAAGCUCCUGGAAAAUAUGAAUAAAUUAACCAGCCUGAAGUAUCUUGAAAUGAAAGAUAUUGCAAUAAACAUUAGUAGAAAUUUAAAGGACUUAAACCAGAAAUAUGCUGGACUCCAGCCUUAUCUGGAUCAAAUCAGUGCCAUCGAGGAGCAAGUGGCAGCUCUGGAGCAGGCAGCCUACAAGUUGGAUGCAUAUUCAAAAAAACUGGAAGCCAAAUACAAGAAGCUGGAGAAGCGAUGAAAAACAUAUAACUAUGGGACAAAGUCUUUUUUAUUGUGGAAGAAUGCUUUCUAAGAUGUGAAUCCGGAGGUUGAUGAAUUGUCAGAAUUCCUUGAAAGGAACCUGUGCUGUCGGCCCCAGAGACAUCCCGCUGUGGGAGUAAACUGGAGGAUGGUGGCUACUCCGAGCUGCUCCUGGGGCAGUGUCCCUCACACCUCAACUCCUCACCUUUUACUUGAAUGUUUCAUCAUCCAUUCAGGACAGGGAGUCUCAGUUCAGGAUAAACCUGGGCUUGCCAGUAGAUCAAGUGAGGGGACCUGUUUUCUCUGGUAGUGGUUGAUUACUACUUUAUUUUCUUAAAAAGCUGAGUUUUGAGUUACUGUGUUAAAGUUGUUUUUUCCUAUCCACGAUGCUAAUGUAUUGAAAGCUGAGAAGAUUGUGAAUUAAAAAAAGGAAGCAAAACAAA